GACAUCCGCCCGCGACGGGGCUCGCGCAGCGACAUGGCGGCGGCUGAAGGCGGCGGGGCGCGGCCGGACGCGACGGUGCAGCGGGCCGAGCUGGGGCCGCUGCUAGCCACGGCCCUCCGGCCGGGGGAGUCCUGGUACCUGGUGGACAGCCGCUGGUUCAAGCAGUGGAAGAAGUACGUGGGCUUCGACAGCUGGGAUAUGUUCGGCGCGGGCGAUCCCGGCCUCUUCCCUGGGCCUAUCGACAACUCGGGUCUCUUCGGCGAUCCAGAAACCCAGAGUUUAAAAGAACACCUCAUUGACGAGCUAGAUUAUGUAUUGGUUCCCACCGAAGCCUGGAAUAAACUAGUAAGGUGGUAUGGCUGCAUAGAUGGACAGCAGCCUAUUGUGAGAAAAGUAGUGGAAUAUGGUCUGUUUGUGAAGCACUAUAAGGUUGAAGUUUAUCUUCUUGAGCUGAAGCUGUGUGAGAGCAGUGAUCCUGACAAUGUAAUUAGCUGCCACUUUAGCAAAGCAGAUACUGUUGCUACCAUUGAGAAAAAAAUGAGAAAACUGUUUAAUAUCCCAGCUGAGAAGGAAACUAGGUUAUGGAACAGGUAUAUGAGCAACACUUACGAGCAGCUCAGCAAGCUGGAUAGCACUGUGCAAGAUGCAGGGCUCUAUGACGGUCAGGUUGUUCUAAUAGAAGUGAAGAAUGAAGAUGGCACGUGGCCUGGACAGCAUUUCCUGGCAAAGUCUUGUUUAGGGUUACAAAAAACUUCUUUUAAGAAUACCACCCAGAGAUCUGCCCCAAGGCUGGAUAGUCAUGGGUGGCACGGCAUAUGGGAGAAUAUGGGCAGGUAUCUAGAGAACUUCUCACCUCCAAUGGUUUGGAACUUCACUCCUGAACAACUACAGAACCCUCAUGAAGUGGUAGAAUAUUUGAAAGGAAAAUGCUGUGGCUAUUCCAAAGAGGCACAACUUACCACACUGUGCUGGGCCCUGGCCAGCAUCUACCAAACACUGCUCAAUAUUAUGCAGCACCCUCAGCGGGCAGGGAGGGAAAACAGACCGACAGGCACUGCAGCUAUUCCAACCCUCAUGACAAGCACUGUGGCUACUCAAACUCUGGCGACAGGCACUGUGGCUACUCAAACCCCAGCGACAGGCACUGCAGCUGAACCAGAGAACCAAACUGUGCCAGUAUCAGUUGCCCCUGUACAGAAGAAGAAAUACACAAAAAAAUCAGCUCACUUAGUGAGGGAUGAAAGUGAACCAGGGUCAUCACGAGAACAGGAGGAAGAGGCAGAACCAGAGAUAAUCACCCGAUCCCUAUCCCCGAGUGAGCUGCGAGAUAUACAAAAGGAUUUCAGCCGCCAUCCAGGCGAGCACAUUGUCACCUGGCUGCUCCGAUGCUGGGAUAACGGGGCCAGUAGCUUGGAAUUAGAGGGUAGGGAAGCCAAGCAGCUGGGAUCCCUGUCUAGGGAAGGGGUCAUUGACAAGGCGAUUGGGAAAAAGACACAAGCCCUCAGCCUCUGGAGGCGACUUCUGUUGGGUGUGAAGGAAAGGUACCCCUUCAAGGAAGAUAUUACAUGUCACCCAGGCAAGUGGACCACUAUGGAGAGAGGUAUCCAGUACCUGAGGGAAUUAGCUGUGCUAGAGGUGAUUUAUAAUGAGCGGUUACCCACAGAUCCAGAUGAAGUGCAAUGCACACAACCCAUGUGGCGGAAGUUUCUACGAAGCACACCACCAUUGUAUGCCAACUCAUUGGCAAUAGUGUCCUGGAAAGAAGGUGAGGGACAGACAGUGGAUGAAGUGGCUGGACGACUCCAGCAAUACGAAGGAAGUAUCUCUUCUUCCCUACGGGCCUGCAUCUCAGCUGUGGAGAAACUGCCAGACAUGCUAGCCGAGAAACUGUCCCGAGAGUUCCAGCGAUUCGAGGAUAAGUUCUGCCCCGCACCUGUCCAGGCCCCUAUCUCAGCUAUUAGGAGUCAGCAUUCUUCUGCUGAAGAGAAAGGGUAUAGAAGGUACACAUCACGUAGUACCCUGUGGUUUUACCUGCGUGACCACGGAGAGGACAUGAGGGAGUGGGAUGGAAAACCUACCUCAACCCUAGAGGCACGGCAGAGUGCAGGUUGCAUUUUGUUUUCGCUUGGAGGGGUGUCCAGUACACCUGGAGUCGACUGCCCCAGGGGUAGAAACAAAGCCCCACCAUUUGCCGUGGACUGAUCCAGACUGCAGUGGAACAGGGUGAAGCUCUGAACACCUGCAAUACAUUGAUGACAUCAUUGUGUGGGGCAACACAGCAGAAGAAGUUUUUGAGAAAGGGAAGAAAACAGUUCAAAUCCUUCUGAAGGUUGGUUUUGCCUUAAAACGAAGUGAGGUCAAGGGACCUGCACGGGAGAUCCGGUUUUUAGGAAUAAAAUGGCAAGAUGGGCAUUGUCAGAUCCCAAUGGAUGUGAUCAACAAAAUAGAAGCUAUGUCUCCACCAACUAGCAAAAAGGAAACACAAGCUUGCUUAAGUGUUGUGGGUUUUUGGAGUGUGCAUAUUCCAGAUUACAGUCUUAAUUGUAAGCCCUCUCUAUCAAGUGACCCAGAAGAAGAAUGAUUUUAAAAUGGAGCCCUGAGCAACAAUAAGCCUUUGAACAGAUUAAACAGGAAAUAGUUCAUGCAGUAGCCCUUGGGCCAGUCUGGACAGGACAAGAUGUUAAAAAUGUGCUCUACACCACAGCUGGGGAGAACGGCCAGAGCUCUAUCUCUAUACUGACUCAUGGAUUGUGGUAAAUGCCCUGUGGGGGUGGUUGCAGCAAUGGAAGCAGAGCAGCUGGCAGUGCAGAGGCAAACCCAUCUGGGCUGCUGCACUGGGGCAAGAUAUUGCUGCCUGGUUAGAGAAGCCGGUUGUAAAAGUACAUCACGUAGAUGCUCACGUACCCAAGAGUCAGGCCAGUGAAGAACAUCAAAACACCCAGCAGGUGGAUCAGGCUGCCAAGAUUGAAGUGGCUCAGGUGGAUUUGGACUGGCAACAUAAGGGUGAAUUAGUUAUGGAUCAGUGGGUCCAUGAUGCCUCAGGCCAUCAGGGAAGAGAUGCAACAUACAGAUGGGCUCGUGAUCGAGGGGUGGGCUUGACCACGGAUGAUAUUGCACUGGUUAUUCAUGAACGUGAAACAUGAGCUGCAAUCAGGCAAGCCAAGUGGUUAAAGCCUCUGGUAUGGAGGGCAAUGGCUGAAGUAUAAAUACGGGGAGGCCUGGCAGAUUGACUAUAUCACACUCCCACAAACCUGCCAAGGCAGGCGCCAUGCGUUUACAAUGGUGGAAGCAACCACCGGAUGGCUGGAAACAUAUCCCGUGGCCCGUGCCACUGCCUGGAACACUAUUCUGGGCCUUGAAAAGCAAGUCUUACGGUGACAUGGUACCCCAGAAAGAAUUGAGUCAGACAAUGGGACUCAUUUCUGAAACAACCUCACAGACACCUGGGCCAAAGAGCAUGGCAUUGAGUGGGUGUAUCAUAUGCCCCAUCAUGCACUAGGGUCCAGGAAAAUUGAAUGAUACAAUGGACUGCUAUAAACUACAGUGAUACUAUAAACUACAGAGCGCAAUAGGGGGUGGGACCUUCAAACAUUGGGAUACACAUUUAGCAAAAGCCAACUGGUUAGUCAACACCAGAGGAUCUGCCAAUUGAGCUGGCCCUGCCCAAUCAAAACUUCCAUGUACUGUAGAAGGGGAUGAAGUCCCCGUAGUGCACAUGAAGAAUAUGUUAGGGAAAACAGUCUGGGUUAGUCCUGCCUCGGGCAAAGGAAAACCCAUCCAUGGGAUUGCUUUUGCUCAAAGACCUGGGUGCACUUGGUGGGUGAUGCAGAAUGAUGGGGAAGUUCGAUGUGUACCUCAAGGGCAUUCGAUUUUGGGUGAGAAUAGCCAAUGAAUUAAAUUGUAUGAUGUUAAUUGCUAAAUAAUCCUGCCACUGUAUGUCAUUGCUACUACAGUUGCUAUAUGCCAUAUCAAUGGGAUUACAGUAAGAAUCGCCCAAAUCAAUGAAGUAUGGACUUUGAUGAAACUGAGUGAAGUGCAGCAGUGAUGGAACUUAAACUGGCUUCAGCAACUGGCGCCCAGCAACUUCCUCAAAAUAGACAUCUUCAACCUGCAGACUGUGGGUGUGGGCCGUGCCAAAUACACCAGCUGUGAGCUCCAGAUGCAGCAAUCCAACGCCACACACCAUCUCUCCUGCCCUGAAAGACUGUUAAGACGGAUGGAGCCCCAAAGUCAUGGAUUAAAUUAACUCAAUGGACAUGUUAGAGGGGGUGGCUCAUAGACUAAGGGAAUGAGAUCUCUGUGUGUUUAUAUAUGCGUAUUAAAAAAAAGACAGGAAAAGUGGUGGUGACUAAUUGGAAAGUGUAGGAUCUGGGCAUGACGUAGGUGGUAUAGAAUAAGGGGUGGUUAGUAUCCUGGGUUUGGCUGGGAUAAAGUUAAUUUUCACAAGAAGCUGGGAGGGGACACAGCCAGGAUAGCUGAGCUGAACUAGCCAAGGGGAUAUUUGAUGCCAUAUGAUGUCAUGCUCAGUAUCUAAACUGGGGGAGCUGGCCGGUGGGGGAGGAGGGAUCGCAGAUUGGUAGCGUGCUGGGCAUUGGGUUCCAGGUGGUGAGCAAUUGCAUUGUGCAUCACUCGCUUUGUGUAUUCUUUUAUUAGUAUUAUUGUCAUUAUUUCUUCUUUCCUUGUGUUGUCCUAUUAAACUGUCCUUGUCUCAACCCA